UGGUUGACAGUCCCGUGAGCGGCCUUCUCUCACAUGUCGCGCGCUCCACCACCUCUACCUGAGCAGCAGCCUCGAUCACAGCGAACCUAGACAAUCUGGUAUUCCGGUUGCUGCUGCUGCUGCUGCUGGUGUUUGUUGUUGUUGCCUUCAUCAUAUGACGACGACGAUCAUCGCUCGAUGUGUGUCUACUGUAGUGUGCAUGAAUGAGUGGUAUAGAUACGCCGCUGCGCUCCGAUGCGAUAACGACCUGGACUAUGGACUGGUGAACCACCCGAGAGACUGGAUCCUCCUCAAGACGACAGUAGUGUUCGAUGUCAAUUCAUAGACAAGACUUCAGUUGAUACGCCACUGUGCCUAACUAACUCUAACGAUUUAGUGACGAUGAUGAUGAUGAUGAUUCUCCACAGUUAAAACCAGAGAGUAUCUUCCCUAUAACAAACACGUGAUCGAUCUUCUUUGUACACCUUUGACACCGCGUUGUCCAACUUUUAACAUGGGAUUAUUCGAAGUAGAUUCAGAAAUGACGAUGGCGGGAAACACGACUCUGACCGCCUCCCUGACCGCAGGAAACGUGACGUCGCCUCCGGCCCUGAGCCAACAUUGCGCCAUCUGUGGGGACAGGGCGACAGGAAAACACUACGGAGCCGCCUCCUGCGACGGUUGCAAGGGUUUCUUCCGGCGAUCCGUCCGGAAAAACCAUUUGUACACAUGCAGGUUCAGCAGGAAUUGCAUCGUGGACAAAGAUAAGAGGAAUCAAUGCAGGUACUGUCGAUUACGCAAGUGCUUCAAAGCCGGCAUGAAGAAAGAAGCUGUGCAGAAUGAGAGAGAUCGGAUCAGCUGCAGAAGGCCGAGCUACGAGGAGAGCACGCAAGGAAAUGGUUUAUCCGUCAGUUCGCUGCUCAACGCAGAGAUGCUUUCCAGACAGGUUGGAGCCGCACUGGAGCAAAUGGGUCAGACUCCUGGAAACGAUUACGAUUUAUCCAACAAGCAGUUGGCGAACAUCAACGAUGUCUGCGAGUCGAUGAAGCAGCAGCUGCUGAUUUUGGUAGAGUGGGCCAAGUACAUACCGGCCUUCACGGAAUUGCAACUUGACGAUCAGGUGGCGUUAUUGAGGGCGCACGCCGGAGAACAUCUACUGUUAGGUCUGGCGCGCAGAUCCAUGCACUUAAAAGAUAUUCUUCUUUUGGGAAACAACUGCAUCAUCACAAAACACAGUCCAGUUGUGGUGUUAGCAGACUCUCGCAUCUCUCCCGAUCUGGAUAUAUCGCGUGUGGGAAGCCGGAUCAUGGAUGAAUUGGUGAAGCCAAUGACCGAGGUGCAAGUGGACGACACCGAGUUCGCCUGUUUGAAGGCCAUAGUUUUCUUUGAUCCCAAUGCGAAGGGUUUGAGUGAGCCGAACAGGAUAAAGGCGCUCAGAUAUCAGAUCCAGAUUAACCUGGAGGACUACAUCAGCGAUCGUCAGUACGACAGCAGAGGUAGAUUCGGGGAGCUGCUGCUCACGCUGCCCGCCCUCCAGUCGAUCACCUGGCAAAUGAUCGAACAGAUCCAAUUCGCGAAACUCUUCGGGGUGGCGCACAUCGACAGCCUUCUGCAAGAAAUGCUACUAGGAGACUCUAUUCUAGGUGCGAGCGUAGAGAACAACCAGCCGACGAUGGUCGCCGCCGCAGCAGCCGCCGCCGUUAACACGGCCCACAGUUACCAGAGCACCAGCGAUUCGGCGGACAGUCCGAUCACGUCGCCGGCGACGACGCAAUGUCACAGCCCCAGCGAUCACCUGAUCAACGGCAACAUCGCCAGUCCACCGUCCAACGGAAACCCGAACAUCCUCAUCAUGAACGACAUCUCGCCGAUGGAAGAUGACGCCUUCAGGAUCGCCUUCAAACAGGAACCGAACGUCGAAGUGGACCCCUUCUGAUCAUGAUGAUGCGCAACCACGUAAAACAAAACAUUUGCCAGUAAUCCAGUUGGUGCCAUAUAAAACAAAAGAAAAUCAAAAACAAAACUAUACUAGUGCCUAAUUCUCCUGGGCUGUGAACGUUGCUCAAUUAAAUCAAAGCGAAGAGACAAAAAAAAAUAUAGAUAUAUUUUUUUAUAUACGCCUAAAAAUAAGCGCUUGUCGCACAUAGAAAAACAACAACAAAAUAAAAAAGAAAUUCGAUCGAUACCUUCUUUUAAUAGAUUUGCUUUAUUUAAGGAAUGAAGUGACCUGAACAAGGGACGUAUCGAUCCAAGCGAAACAAAACAAAAAAAAUCUUGCCCGCUGUGAAACAAAAUCAAUCAAAAACAAAAGCCUAUCAUUUUUAUCAU